UAUGACUGACCUCAUGGGAUUCUUAUUGUGGGGAUCAAGGGAAUUAAUAUAUGUAAGAUGCCCAGCACAUGGUACAUGCUCACUGUCUGUCAGCUAGCCUCAUGUGUACUCAAGCCAGAAUGUUUAAGUCAUACUACUUUUUCAAGUGAAAUAUGUUGGAAUUUUCCUAGCUUUGUGCUGUCAUCCUAGGAAGCUACAGGGCCUCCAUUGCUCACCAUCCACACUAUAUUGGGGUGAUGAGUAUUUCUACCUCCAUUUCUGUAUCUAGGGAGACAAGUGAAAUACCUUGACUGAAAUGUUGGCAGAGCUCAGAUUCUCCAUCCCCAUCCCCGCCUACCCGGUCAUUAUUCCUUCUUCUUUAAAAAAUAUAGAUAUAUAUUAACCAUAUUUAACUGUAUAGUUCAGGGGCAUCAAGAAUAUUCACAUUGUUGUGUAACAGAUCUCCAGAACUUUUUCAUCUUGCAAAAUUGAAACUGUGUACCCAGGGCUCCUUGAUCGCACUGAGGAGCCCAAUGGCUCUCUCCUUGCCAGGUGGAGCUCCUGUCGCCUAGUAGGCUCUAAGCUAGUGCAGCGGAACCUGAGUGGAGGAUGGACAGUGGAUAAGCAGUUUCAACUGGAACAAGUUAGGUUUUAGAAGAAGUACUUGCAUCUUCUUGUUGGAGCUUGUGGAUGCUCUCUCCUCUUCCAGGUCACCAGGUCUUUGACAUCACCUGGUCCUAUGCGCGGGAGCAUACUGCACUAUAGUAGGAAAGCCUGUUCACAAGUCUGCUCAACUGAAUAGUUUGGGUCUCCAGCCCAGGACAGCAUCACUGUGAGCAAUGGCAGGCUCUGGUGAGCGCAAAGGCAAGAAAGACGACAAUGGCAUCGGCACGGCCAUUGAUUUUGUGCUCUCCAACGCCCGGCUGGUGCUGGGGGUGGGUGGCGCGGCCAUGCUGGGCAUCGCUACACUGGCAGUUAAGCGGAUGUACGACAGGGCGAUCAGUGCCCCUACCAGCCCCACCCGCCUGAGCCAUUCAGGGAAAAGGAGCUGGGAAGAGCCAAACUGGAUGGGCUCCCCCCGGUUGCUGAACAAGGACAUGAAGACAGGCCUGAGCCGGUCCCUGCAGACCCUUCCCACAGACUCCUCGGCCUUUGACACAGAUACAUUCUGCCCACCCCGGCCCAAGCCAUUGGCCAGGAGGGGCCAGGUAGACUUGAAGAAGUCACGGCUCCGCAUGUCCCUGCAGGAGAAACUUCUUACUUACUACCGGAACCGGGCAGCCAUCCCUGCUGGCGAGCAGGCUCGGGCCAAGCAAGCUGCUGUGGACAUAUGUGCUGAGCUCCGGAGCUUCCUGCGGGCCAAGUUGCCUGACAUGCCACUUCGGGACAUGUACCUGAGUGGCAGCCUCUAUGAUGACCUGCAGGUGGUGACAGCCGACCACAUCCAACUCAUUGUGCCCCUCGUGCUGGAGCAGAACCUGUGGUCGUGUGUCCCUGGCGAGGACACCAUCAUGAACGUUCCUGGCUUCUUCCUGGUUCGUCGUGAGAACCCAGAGUACUUUCCUCGUGGUAGCAGUUACUGGGACCGUUGUGUAGUAGGGGGCUACCUCUCCCCAAAGACAGUGGCAGACACGUUUGAGAAGGUAGUGGCUGGCUCCAUCAAUUGGCCGGCCAUAGGGUCCCUCCUGGACUAUGUGAUCCGACCAGCACCACUCCCAGAGGCCCUGACUCUGGAAGUGCAGUAUGAGCGUGACAAGCAUCUCGUCAUUGACUUCCUGCCAUCAGUGACCCUUGGUGACACUGUCUUGGUGGCCAGACCACACCGGCUAGCCCAGUAUGACAACUUGUGGCGGCUGAGCCUGCGUCCUGCCGAGACCGCACGCUUGCGGGCUUUGGACCAGGCCGACUCGGGCUGCCGGUCUCUGUGCCUCAAGAUCCUCAAGGCCAUCUGCAAGUCCAUUCCGGCUCUGGGCCACCUCACUGCCAGCCAGCUCACCAACGUCAUCCUCCACUUGGCCCAGGAGGAGGCUGACUGGUCUCCAGAUAUGCUGGCCGACCGAUUUCUGCAGGCCUUGAGGGGACUCAUCAGCUACUUAGAGGCCGGAGUCCUGCCCAGCGCCCUGAACCCCAAGGUGAACUUAUUUGCAGAGCUCACCCCUGAAGAAAUAGACGAACUGGGAUACACUCUCUAUUGCUCAUUGUCCGAGCCGGAGGUGCUGCUGCAGACGUAGGGCAGGUGAAGGCCAAAGUGGGUGUCGGGUGGGCAGGCCCUGGAUUCUUCGUUAGAAACACUUGGCUACAUAGUUCGUGCCUCACAGGGUCCCUGGGUGCCUCCUGUCUCGCUGGUCAUUGCCCUGGUCACUUCAUGCUGAUUAGAAUGACAUCUCUGGCCUCCUAUUUUCUCACCCAUCCCUUUCUCUUUUUGUUACCAAACACUGUGCUGCCCCCUCCUCCCCUCCCGCUUGCUCCAGGCUUAAUUUUUCUGGUAUGAAUUGAGAAGGUGGAGCACUGGCCUGAGCUCUUGAGACCACUUGGCGUUUUGCAUUUUGGCCUGGGUUUUCUGCUCCUGUCUGCCCGGCCCUGCCCUUUGACCUGUUUUUUUUUUCAGUGUCUUCUGUCUUUUCCUCUUGUUCGCGCCUUCUGAUUUGCUCUUUUCCCCAGAGCACAUCUGCCUAUUUGAGAUGUUGCCUUUUAGUUGAAUGUCACUGAAGUUAUGAUUGCAUGUUUCCAAGCUGAACUCUGCAGAGAGUGCUCAGACAGUAUUUAGGGUUUCUGGGGGUAAAGCUGGGCGAAGAGCUGGCCUUUGACCCAGGUUCCUGGAAAAGCAGCCCAUUCUCCCCACCUCCUGACCAAGUCGUACCCAUAAGUACUGAGAAGGUCUCUCAUGGGAACACUUAUUGACCACAUAGGAGUGAGGGCUCAAGACAAACUGGAUGCAAAGUCAUUUGGAGAUCGUCUUUCUUAGUGGCUGUCAGUGCAGAGUGGGGAAACCGGAGGUGGUGAAGACAGCCUGGGAGAGGUCUGGUGCCUGGUGUGCGCCUUAUCCGCAUCGCUGUGUGCAGGAGUCAGACAAGGACGGAGGGAAGGGGCUGCCAGGCAGCUCCUCUGCACGACUGCUGCCGUUCACCCCGUCCUUGCCUUAGUGCCAAUUAGGACAAGGCCUUCAAGGACGCAGCCUUAGUGGUAGAGGUUGAACGUCAGCUGGAAAAUCCAGUCUCCAGUUGGGGCUCGGUGACCAUGUUCCUCCCCCGUCAGGCCCUGCCUUUCUAGGAUGUUGCCUCAGAGCAAGAACAGGCCCACAGCCAGCCCUUCCUUCCCCAGUGUUUGCCGUAGGUGUUUGGGGGGGGUGUUUGCCGAACUCUCCAGGCACCUCUGAGGCCAAAGGGCAAGCACAUGUGCACACACCUCUGCCCCAUCCUGCCUCUCAGCCAGCACCUGGGGAGCCAGGUGCCGCCUAAGAAGAGAGCACAUGGCUAGCACACGUGAGAGGGAGGUGGGCACUUCCCGCGUCCUUUGUCUGCCGCUGCUAAGACUGCACUAUUUACUGCAAUGUAAAAAGUAUCCUGCGGGUGGGGAGGAGCAUUGAAUACACAAUGUCAGUGCA